CUGGUUCUAGCUUUCCGUGAGCUGUCAGAGGUUUGUCAUACUGUACAGCAGUAUUUGUGCAUCAGCAAGUGGAGUUCAUGCUUGUUUAGUCUAACUGUAUUGAUGCAGGUCAGAAGGACAAUAGCGUGAGAGGACAAAGAUAUCCGAAGAUCUUUUCCUUAGAGGAGUCAGUGAAGACCUCUUACUACAAGAACAGCUUUCUGAGGGUGUUUUGAGCAUUUCCUUCAUCUUUGUCCUUAUCUGCUGACUGGGAUGAGGGGGCUCAGGAGCCUUAUUGUCGGGCUUCUGUCGGCCACCUUCUCCACUGCCUUUGGUCUUUAUUUCCCUCCUCACGUGGAGCAGCUGCCGACCAUCACCGCUCAGACCUCAGGCUCUCUCAUUGCCCUGCCAUAUGAUGAAAACUUCCUGUUCAAGUGUGAAGCCAAAGGCAACCCAAGACCUACGUACCGCUGGACGAAAGAUGGGAUGGAUUUUGACCCGCGUAAAGACCCUAGGCUCAUUAAAGACGAAAGUAGUGGGACCUUUGUGAUACCCAACAUUAGAGAUAAAGUGAAAUACCAGGGAAAGUACAGAUGUUAUGCCUCAAACAAGCUCGGAACUGCAAUAUCAGAAGAAUCUGAAUUUAUUGUGCCUAUGGUACCAAAGUUUCCCAAGGAGAAGAUAGAGCCAGUGGUGGUCACCGUGGGCGAUUCUGUGGUUUUGGAGUGUAACCCGCCACAAGGCAUUCCACCAUGGCAGCUGUACUGGAUGACCAAGGAUCUUCGACACAUUGAGCAGAAUGAGAGGGUGUCCAUGGGCCUCAAUGGGAAUCUGUAUUUCUCUAAUACAGUGGAGUUGGAUAGCCAUGAUGACUACUGCUGCUUUGCCUCAUUUUCCAAGAUACGCACAAUCGUUCAGAAACCCAGCAUGGUCUUGAGGGUCAAGCCAAGUCAGGGGGAUGAUAACACCAUGAGUGUUCAAAAGAGGAAGCCGAGUAUUUUGGUGCCCUCCAGUCAUUCAACAACAUACCUAAAAAAAGGAGAAGAGCUGGAGCUGGAGUGUAUCGCAGAAGGACUGCCUACACCGGAGGUAGAAUGGAUCAAGAUGUGGGACAACUUACCAAAGCGUACACAAAUCAAGAACUAUGGAAAGCUUCUGACUAUACCAAACAUCACCAAUCAGGAUGAAGGGAAAUACAUGUGCAAAGCCAAGAAUGAUCUCGGUGAAGCUGUGCAUCAUUUCCAAGUUGUUGUAGAAGAGCCGCCCAGAUGGCAGGAGGAGCCAGUGAAGAGUCAGUUAGCAGAGAUUGGAUCCGACAUCCACAUCAAGUGUUCUGCUACAGGAAAACCACAACCCACAAUCACCUGGAAGAGAAAUGGCCAUCCUCUUGAUGAUUUCCCUUCUACCAAUUACAAAGUGCUUGAUGACAGAAUAAUCAUCCUCAGAGCGGAGAAGACAGACACUUCAGUGUACCAGUGUGAGGCGUCCAACAGACACGGGACCCUACUUGUCAACACUAACGUGCUUGUCAUGAAUCACCCCCCUUUGAUUCUGACGCGGAAUUAUCUGGACUACGCGACCAUGUUAGGCAGGAGUGUGAUCAUGGACUGCAAAGUCUUUAGCUCACCACCUGCCACCAUUAACUGGAGAAGAGAAGACCCAGAGGGCUCUCUAGAUGGAGAGAGAUAUUCGCUCCUGAAGAAUGGCUCCCUGCAGAUUCACAAAGUUGAGAUGGAAGAUAUGGGCCAGUACGAAUGUUUGGCAAACAACUCCGAAGGCACCGCGAGCCUCACCACUGAACUUUUCAUUAAAGAUUCGACGAGGAUCGUAGAACCUCCUCAAGACAUGAAGGUCAAAAGAGGCUCUAUGGCAGAGCUGGAGUGCCAGGUGGAGUGCGAUCCCACCCUCAGAAGAGAGCUGAAGAUCUUGUGGAUGAAAGAUGGGAUGCAUAUCCUCUCAAACGUCUCUGAAGGAUAUUUCACAGAUGAUGGAAUUCUCCAGAUUAUCAAUGUGAGCCACAGUGAUCAAGGGAAUUACACCUGCGUGGUUCGAACAUCACUGGACCAAGAUACAGCUUCUGCAUACGUAACUGUGUUAGAUGUCCCAGAUCCACCGGUUGAACUGACACUGUCUGAUCGGAAAGACCGCAGUGUGAGGCUCCACUGGGCGGCCGCCAGUGAUCAUAACAGUCCCAUAACAGAGUUCAUCAUCCAGUACGAAGAGAACCACUGGGAGCCGGAGAAGUGGAAGGAGCUUCUACGAGUCGCAGGCAGCCAGUUCUCAGCCCCCGUGACGCUCUACGGCCACAUUAACUACCAAUUCAGAGUCAUCGCUGUCAAUGCUAUUGGGGAAAGUCAUCCCAGCAUGCCGUCUGACAGAUAUAAGACACCCCCUUGCGCUCCCGACAGGAACCCAGAAAACAUUAAGAUUGAGGGUCACCUGCCACAUCAGAUGGACAUCAGCUGGGAGCCGCUCUUGCCUGUGGAGCACAACGGUCCCGGUCUGGAAUACAAACUGAGCUACAGGCUCCUGGGUGUUGAGGACAGUUGGAAAGAACAGAUGGUGAAGAGACACUCAUUUGUGGUGCGAGACACCCCAACAUUCGUCCCCUACGAAGUCAAGAUCCAGGCCUUCAACCGUCACGGGUGGGCACCAGAACCCAAAGUGGUGACCGGUUAUUCCGGAGAAGACAUGCCCUUGGCAGCUCCUGAAGACGUAUUUGUGGAGGUGUUGAACUUCACGCUGCUGAGGGUCAGCUGGUCACCGGUGCCCCAAACCACCCUGAGGGGCCAUCUUGGUGGAUACACAGUGCACUGGUGGCAAACUCAAAGUCUGUUGACCUCUAAGAGAAUGCCCUCAGAGAGACAGUCUCUCACCAUCCCUGGAAACAGGAGUCACACCAUGGUGCCGGGACUGAAGCCAUUCUCUGAAUAUAGCCUGACUGUCAACGUCUUUAACCGGAGAGGGAAUGGGCCCAGCAGCAGUCCCAUCUCUUUCACAACUCCACAGGGAGUUCCUGAGCAACCUCCCAUCCUGAAAGCCACAAACUUUCAGAAAGACUCCAUCACGCUGGUGUGGGCGCCUCCGCAUGAAACCAAUGGCUUUCUCACGGGAUACCUGCUGCAAUAUCAGACAUUUAAUGAGACUCUGGGUAAGCUGAAUUCUGUGAACAUCAGUGCACCGGAUACAACACAGUGGGUUUUACGUGAUCUGCAGGAGGACAACUGGUAUAAGUUCUACCUGAGCGCGUGCACGCAGGUGGGCUGCGGGUCAGCCAUCAGUGAGGAAGGAGGCACCGUCUCUGAAGCAUUUACAAUGCCCGAACAUUCAUUUCCUGAAGUUUCUACAGUCUCAGCUGAAACGUCAACGGAGAGCUAUGAGCUGUCAACAUCUGAAGUGACAUCUUCUGAGUUGAGGCAACCUUUCUCUUUCACCUCAUCUAAUACAGACACUCCUUCUGUCAAUGCCACCUUUCCUACCUUAGGGCAACCUUUCUCUUUCACCUUAUCUAAUACAGACACUUCUACUGUCAAUGCCACCUUUCCUACCUUAGGGCAAACUUUCUCUUUCACCUCAUCUAAAACAGACACUCCUUCUGUCAAUGCCACCUUUCCUACCUUAGGGCAACCUUUCUCUUUCACCUUAUCUAAUACAGACACUUCUACUGUCAAUGCCACCUUUCCUACCUUAGGGCAACCUUUCUCUUUCACCUCAUCUAGUGCAGACACUCCUUCUGUCAAUGCCACCUAUCCUACUUUAGUUGUGCUCAACAUAUCCACCUUUGUAACUGACACCUCUGCAAGAAUCAGCUGGAGAACCAGAGGAGAACGUUCUGAUUCACAAGUCUAUGUCGCAAUAAUGAAUCACCGUGAUGGUAUCUGGCAGCUUUCAGAGGCUUUAAAUACAUCUAAAGGUUUCCACCUCAUUGAAGGGCUCAGCCCAGGAACUGUGUACACAGUCCGGCUGCAGGCUUCACACAGGGUUGAUGUCCCUAGCAUUUUUGAAGAGGUUUUCAAGACCAGGAAAGUGUCUAGUAAACAACUUGUGGCAUCCCAGAAGUGGUUUGUGGUGAUGUUGUGCGUGGUGGCACUGCUAACUCUGCUUGCCCUUAUCGGCUGUUUUGUGCUCAAGAACAAAGGCGGCAAGUAUGCAGUGAAAGAAAAGGAGCAUACUAAAGCUGAUCCUGAAUCUCACACCAGGGGCGAAGAAUCCCCCUACGAGUACAGUGACAAUGACGAGAAGCCGCUGAAGAGCAGCCAGCAAUUGUUCAGAGACAUCAAAGAGGAUGAUAGCAGCGAGGACAGCUCUGUGAUGUCAGAGGAGGACGACUGCGAAUUUAACGAAGACGGGUCGUUCAUCGGCGAAUACUCGGGGUACAAGCGCAGGGUGUCCACGGAGGUGAACGGACACGCCCCGGUGACCUCUUAAUGCUGGUUCAAUCUUACGAACUUUUACAUAAUUUUCCAGGGAGAAAGAAAAGUUUGUUUGUAUGAUGUGCCAUGAAUGUGCCUGUGUUUUUUAACAGUUUGCUUUUGUGUGAAUGGCCACUUCUUUACAGUAUUAAUAUGAAGGGUUCCGGCCUACAUUAAUAAGUAGCUCCGGCCAACAUGACAAUUAUGCCAUCAUUUACUCAUCGCUAUGCUGUUUCAAACCAGUAUGACUGACUUUUUGAGACGUUUAGCAUAAUGUUCAUGCUGCUCUUUCCUAACAAUAAAAAUAAAUGGUGACCAAGGACUUCAAAGCUCCAAAAAGGACAAAAAUAUAUCUACUUUGUGAAAAAGAAGUACAAAAAAAAAGAGUAUUUAUGGUAAUGCUUUUAAAAGGCUAUACUUAAGUUCAACUGACUGUAAUGUUUUGUAAUGGAUGUUCUAUUUGAAUGUUUUUGCAAUUAGUUUAGCAGUUAAACUUAAAUUUAUUUAAAUUUAGGAGAAUUUCUUGACCCACUUAAAUACAACUUAUAGGAUUAGUUCACUUCAGAAUUAAAAUUUUCUGAUAAUGUACUCACCCCCAUGUCGUCCAAGAUGUUUAUGUCUUUCUUUCUUCAGUUGAAAACAAAUUAAAGUUUUUGAGGAAAACAUUCCAGGAUUUUUCUCCAAACAGUGGACUUCAAUGGGGAUCAAUGGGUUGAAGGUCCAAACUGCAGUUUCAAAGGGCUCUACACGAUCCCAGCCAAAGAAUAAGGGUCUCAUCUAGUGAAAUGAUCAGUCAUUUUCUAAAAAAAAUAAAAAUAAAAAAAAUAUCAAUAUACUUUUUGACCACAAAUGCUUGUCUUGCAACUAGCUCUGCCCUACGAUUCAUAUUCAGCGAAUAUUCAAAGAAUGUUCAAAGAAAGUCAAACGGCCUUUACCAAAAAGGGUAAAACAAGUUGUCAGACAAUUUUGAAGUUGUUUUUCGCCCUACACUACCUUUUUGAACCGAGUACACAGAUGAAGAACUAACUAUGCGUGACCUUUCCAAUGUGAUAACGUAAUGUGUUAAGUCGUAAACACACAACACGGACAUUUUAAUAAAAUGUUGUUUAGUCAAUAUUAAACGCGCAGUAAAGUGUAAAAACAAUUGUCAGGCCAUCAUUACAUUUUUUUUUAUUAUAAUUAUCCAAUUACUCGAUUAAUCGUCAGAAUAAUCGACUGAUUACUCAAUUACCAAAAUAAUCAUUAGUGACAGCCCUACUUUAAAGUAAAAGUUUUUAAUUUUACAUUAUUACAAAGUGUAUUUACUACAAGUGCACGUUUCAUACAACUGACCCUUUGUAAACAGCUUGAUUGACAGGCGAUCUGACAAGCUGCAUUUAAACUGAAUUUUCAGCACCAUAGAAGCCCACUGUAUGGACAGAAAUCCUGAAAUGUUUUCCUCAAAAAAUAUAAUUUCUUUAUGACUGAAGAAAGAAAGACAUGAACAUCUUGGAUGACAAUGGGGUGAGUAAUGAAGGUGAACUAAUGCUUUAAGUGCACUACUUUUUCACAAGGGUAUUCAAAGUCUUUCAUACAAUAUGAAAUUUAAGUCUUUGUUCACUGACAUUCUGCUGCGACUCUCAAAUCUCAUUCACAUUUGUAUAUUAUAUUAAUAAUAUUCAUAUGCAAAUACGGCAUGUCAAAACAUAUAACGACGGGUGAUGGGAGAAAAAAUAAGUCAUACAGGUUUGCAUGACGAUGAGUAAAUGAAGACAGAAUAUACAUUGUAGCCAAAUAGUUUUAACAGAUUAUUUUGGUUUUAUAACACAUUAUUUGCCCAACAACAAAACAAUCAGGUUUGUGCACCUUAGAAUUAAUGUGGAUUGCACGGUUGUGGUUGCAUUAGGUAACAUUUUCACUAUUCCUGCUGAAGAAAAAUAAAUAAUUCAUGGCCUGUCACAAAACUGAUAUCUUGACAGCACAAUUUUCGGUUACAUGUUCGCUUGUGUGGGCAAUCACGUAACCUCUCUGCACGCCUCUCAGCAAGAUACUGACACAAUGAAACAAAACAAUUAUGUUCUGACUCUUCAAUAUAUCUACAAAAACAUAUUUCUGUUUAACCACGUAUUUGAUUAAAACUGACAUGGGAAAGAAAUCGGCAAGAAAGGUCAACAUUGAAUGGUUACAUCACAUAAUUUUCUACUUGCACUAAUAUGCAAAAAUAUGUUUUAGUGCAUGCGAGCGACCGCCAUAAGGGGGAUUAUGUUAUUAAUAAUGUACUGAGAUUGUCUUAGUAGCUUCUUGAAAUUAUAAAACUCAAGUAUGAUCAAGUCCUUCAAUAUACUUUCGGUGUCUUCAGCAAUUCUAAUUCUAUUUUGCCUUCAAAAUGACAUGAAAAACGCUUCUUCUUGUGUGUAACAUCAAAAUCCUUGUUUCUAAUCAUAUAUUAUGUCCAGGUGGCAAUCCAAUGAAAUAUCAAUCCAACUGCUAGCAUAUUUAUUAUUACUGAGAGGAAAAAACGCCCUUCUGUUGAUAUAUGACAUGCAUUUUUGUAAGUUUUCUAUUUUUAGAAAGAUUUAGUUGAGAGAUUUCACUGUAGCGACUGUUUUAAUUUUAAAAUGCUCUUCUGUUCUUGCACUGUAUAUACGUAUAUAUCUAUAGAUAAUAUUUUUUAAGUUUUUCUUUUUGCAUUUUUAUUUUAUGCAUUUUAUUUUGCCUGAAAUACUGCUUAUACUAAAGACUCAGGAGGUUUGUUAUAGAAUAUUCUGUGCAAAAUGUUCAUCCUUAUAUCUUCAGACCUGAAAAAUGUUUACUCCCACGUUUGCUGUGUUUUGCUAUAUUUGUCAUGCACAAUACAAUGAAAUGUUGACUAUCACAACACAUUUUGUUACACUGAACCUGAAUGAUUGCAGUGUUCACCACAAAAACACACAGGACAAUAAAAAAUACUUUUUUAAAUAA